AUGACUGGAAAGGCCCCAGUGAGUGAGGGGACGUGGCAGGAGAAGGGACACAGAGGCAAGACGCUCCUGAAGCAUCUGGUCCUAGAGAACGGGAAGACUCUUGCUGCUUCCAAGGAGGCUGAAGCUGCUCGGUCUGCUUCCAAGCCCAUGUCACCGUCCGAUUUCCUGGAUAAACUCAUGGGGAGGACCUCUGGAUACGACGCCAGGAUCAGGCCCAAUUUCAAAGGUCCCCCAGUGAAUGUCAGCUGCAACAUUUUCAUCAACAGCUUCGGUUCCAUUGCUGAGACAACUAUGGACUACAGGGUCAACAUCUUCCUGCGGCAGCAGUGGAAUGACCCCCGGCUGGCCUACAAUGAAUACCCCGAUGACUCGCUGGACUUGGACCCAUCCAUGUUGGACUCCAUCUGGAAACCUGACCUGUUCUUUGCCAAUGAGAAGGGGGCCCACUUCCACGAGAUCACCACAGACAACAAACUGCUGAGGAUCUCCCGGAACGGGAAUGUCCUCUACAGCAUUAGGAUCACCCUGACAUUGGCCUGCCCCAUGGACUUGAAGAAUUUCCCCAUGGAUGUCCAGACGUGCAUUAUGCAACUGGAAAGCUUUGGAUACACCAUGAACGACCUCAUCUUUGAGUGGCAGGAGCAGGGGGCUGUGCAGGUGGCAGACGGACUAACUCUACCCCAGUUUAUCCUGAAAGAGGAGAAGGACUUGAGAUACUGCACCAAGCAUUACAACACAGGCAAAUUCACCUGCAUCGAGGCCCGGUUCCACCUGGAGCGACAGAUGGGCUACUACCUGAUCCAGAUGUACAUCCCCAGCCUGCUCAUUGUCAUCCUCUCGUGGAUCUCCUUCUGGAUCAACAUGGAUGCUGCCCCCGCCCGUGUGGGCCUGGGCAUCACCACUGUGCUCACCAUGACCACCCAGAGCUCCGGCUCUCGAGCAUCCCUGCCCAAGGUAUCGUAUGUGAAAGCCAUUGACAUUUGGAUGGCCGUGUGCCUGCUUUUCGUGUUCUCAGCCCUGCUUGAGUAUGCCGCCGUCAACUUUGUGUCUCGGCAGCACAAAGAGCUGCUCCGAUUCAGGAGGAAGCGAAGACAUCACAAGGAGGAUGAGGCUGGAGAGGGCCGCUUCAACUUCUCGGCCUACGGCAUGGGCCCAGCCUGCCUUCAGGCCAAGGACGGCAUCUCUGUCAAGGGCGCCAACAACAGCAACACGACCAACCCCCCUCCGGCACCAUCCAAGUCCCCGGAGGAGAUGCGAAAACUCUUCAUCCAGCGGGCCAAGAAGAUCGACAAGAUCUCCCGCAUCGGCUUCCCCAUGGCCUUCCUCAUCUUCAACAUGUUCUACUGGAUCAUCUACAAGAUCGUCCGCAGGGAGGACGUCCACAACCAGUGA